ACAAUAAUAUUAAAGCGAUAUAUUAAUAUUCAAUAUAUUAGGGGAAUUUUAAACACGACAUUUUUAGGUAAGUUCAGGAUACUCUAUAUUGAUAUUCAAUACAUUUGGGGAAUUUAUAAAAUAUUUUUAUUUUAUAAAGCGGGGACUCACCGCCACAUGUGGGUCUCAUUGUUGCCCUUUUAAGGGCAUUGCCCUUUUAACGGCAUUACCCUUUUAAGAAGAUCCGUUGCCCUUUUAAGAACUGCCGGUGGGGCCCGCGCUGCGCAUGCGCGGUUCGGUUGCUGCGACUUUCAACUGCUCGGAUCCGCUCCCCGCGGGCUCGGGGGGAAUUUGGGACCUUGGGGGGCUCCGGGGGGACACAGCAGCCACCCUCCCACCCGACACUACCCACCCCUUCCUCCCCGGCCGCGCCAUGGUGUCCUGGCUCCUCAGCCGGGUCGUUGAGCUGCUCUUCGGGACGCUCUACCCCGCCUACGCCUCCUACAAGGCGGUGAAGACGAAAAACAUCCGGGAAUAUGUCCGGUGGAUGAUGUACUGGAUCGUCUUCGCUCUCUUCAUGACCACAGAGACCUUCACCGACCUCCUCAUCUCCUGGUUCCCAUUUUACUACGAGGUGAAGAUGGCUUUUGUCAUCUGGCUGCUGUCACCGUACACGCGGGGGGCCAGCCUGCUGUACCGCCGCUUCGUGCACCCCACGCUGGCCCGCAAGGAGAAGGACAUCGACGCCUUCCUGCUCCGUGCCCACGAGCGCAGCUGCGCGGCCGUGCUGCACUUCGGCAAGCGGGGCCUCAACCUGGCGGCCACCGCCGCCGUCCAGGCGGCCACCAAGAGCCAGGGCGCGCUGGCCGGGCGGCUCCGCAGUUUCAGCAUGCAGGACCUGCGCUCGCUGCCCGAGCAGGCGCCCGCGCGCUUCCAGGACCCGCUGUACCUGGAGGAGCAGGAGAGCCUCCAGCAGCCCCUGGGCUACGGGCGGCGCUACGAGAGCGAUUCGGACGAGAUGUGGUCGGACUCGGAGGUUUUCCCCCCGCGCUCCCCGCGCCGCGAUCCCAAAUCCCUGUCCCGCAGCCAGAGCCUGAGAUCCCAGAGGAAGAACCCUGCAAAAGAGGGCUCUUCCCGGGCCCUGCGCAGCCGCAGCGGGAGGAGAGCGGCUCUGUCGGAGCAGGACAGCUGAAAAUCCUGGGAAACUCCUGCCAGGAGAGGAAUUUGCUGCUGUGGGAUCAGGAGGGAGCUGUGGCUGCUGUGUCCCCAGGGUGUCUCUGUGUCCCCAGGGUGGCUCCUGCAGCCCGGGGCAUCCUCGCACUGUAAUUCCCUUCCAUGACCUCUGUGGUGCCUCAAGGAGGGGGGAGCAGCUCAUCCUCCCCUCCCAGACCCCCCCAGCUCGGCGCUGGCGCCUCUCCUGUGGGGUCUGGCCCCUCUUUUUUCCCCCCAUCCUGUGAACACUACACUCUGCUCCUCUCUCAGCCUCUCCUGCUGCCGUGGUGCCUUAUUCCCAAUAUUCCUGUUCCUCUGGAGUGGAGUGGAGUCAGAGCUUUGUCCCUGUGGAGGCAGAGCCCCUGCCCAGCCCCCCCAGACUCAGACCAACACCCCCAUACUUGAACAAACGGCUUUUAACAUUCCCCUCUCCCAAAAAGAGGGUUUUGUGCAUGGAAAAAUAAACGUUAUUUGAGACUUUG